CGCCGCGCGCGCCUGCGCAAGAGGCCGGCGGUGCCCGGAUCCCUCCGCCGGGCGCAGCGCCCGCCCGGGAGCGCGUGCGGAGCCCCCGGGCCGUGAGGGGCGGCGGGCGGGGGCUGCGCGGGGCCCGGCCCGGCCAUGGCGGGGCGAAGGUGCGCGGGCGGCGCGGCCGCCCUGGUCGAGGCGCCGGGCUGCGGCGCGGCGGCGGCCGAGCCGGCCCGGGAGCUGUUCGAGGCCUGCAGGAACGGGGACGUGGAGCGGGUCAAGCGGCUGGUGCGGCCCGAGAACGUGAACAGCCGGGACACGGCGGGCAGGAAGUCCAGCCCGCUGCACUUCGCCGCAGGUUUUGGUCGGAAGGAUGUGGUUGAAUAUUUACUUCAGAGUGGUGCCAAUGUCCACGCACGGGAUGAUGGAGGCCUUAUUCCCCUUCACAACGCCUGCUCCUUUGGCCAUGCUGAAGUUGUCAAUCUGCUCUUGCGGCACGGUGCAGAUCCCAAUGCUCGAGAUAAUUGGAAUUACACUCCCCUUCAUGAAGCUGCCAUUAAGGGGAAGACAGAUGUCUGCAUUGUACUGUUGCAGCAUGGUGCUGAACCAACCGUCCGGAACACAGAUGGAAGAACAGCUUUGGAUUUAGCAGACCCGUCUGCAAAAGCAGUGCUGACUGGUGAAUACAAGAAAGAUGAGCUCUUAGAAAGUGCCAGGAGUGGAAAUGAGGAAAAGAUGAUGUCUCUUCUUACACCAUUAAAUGUUAACUGUCAUGCAAGUGAUGGCAGAAAGUCUACUCCAUUACAUUUAGCAGCUGGGUAUAACCGUGUGAAAAUAGUCCAGCUAUUACUGCAGCAUGGAGCUGAUGUGCACGCUAAGGAUAAAGGAGAUCUGGUACCACUUCACAAUGCCUGUUCCUAUGGUCAUUAUGAAGUAACAGAGCUUCUAGUAAAGCAUGGAGCAUGUGUGAAUGCAAUGGAUCUGUGGCAAUUCACCCCUCUGCAUGAAGCAGCUUCUAAGAACAGGGUGGAAGUAUGUUCUCUUUUGUUAAGUUAUGGUGCUGACCCAACACUGUUGAACUGUCACAACAAAAGCACCAUUGAUUUGGCUCCAACGCCCCAGUUAAAAGAACGAUUAGCAUAUGAAUUCAAAGGUCACUCACUGCUGCAGGCUGCAAGAGAAUCGGAUGUAGCUCGUAUAAAGAAACAUCUUUCUUUGGAAACAGUGAACUUCAAGCAUCCUCAGACACAUGAGACAGCAUUGCACUGUGCUGCUGCAUCUCCAUAUCCUAAGAGGAAACAAGUAUGUGAAUUGCUGCUGAGGAAAGGAGCCAAUAUCAAUGAAAAAACAAAAGACUUCUUGACUCCUCUGCAUGUGGCAUCAGAAAAAGCUCAUAAUGAUGUUGUUGAAGUAGUUGUGAAACAUGAAGCUAAGGUUAAUGCAUUAGAUAAUCUUGGCCAGACCUCUCUUCAUAGAGCAGCACAUUGUGGUCAUCUUCAGACAUGCAGGUUGCUGCUGAGCUCUGGAUGUGAUCCUUCCAUCGUAUCCCUGCAGGGCUUUACAGCCUUACAAAUGGGGACUGAAAGUGUGCAACAGCUACUACAAGAAGGUAUCCCAUUAGGUAAUUCUGAUGCAGAUCGACAGUUGCUGGAGGCUGCGAAGGCUGGAGAUGUGGAUACCGUAAAAAAGCUGUGUACAGUCCAGAGUGUGAACUGCAGAGAUAUUGAAGGACGUCAGUCUACACCACUUCAUUUUGCAGCUGGAUACAACAGAGUAUCUGUUGUGGAGUAUCUUCUUCAGCAUGGAGCUGAUGUACAUGCAAAAGAUAAGGGAGGGCUUGUCCCUUUACAUAACGCCUGCUCAUAUGGUCACUAUGAAGUUGCAGAGCUGUUGGUUAAACAUGGUGCCGUUGUCAAUGUAGCUGACUUGUGGAAAUUCACCCCCUUGCAUGAAGCUGCAGCAAAAGGAAAAUACGAGAUUUGCAAACUUCUGUUACAGCAUGGAGCUGACCCUACAAAGAAAAACAGGGAUGGAAAUACUCCUCUAGACCUUGUUAAAGAUGGUGAUACUGAUAUUCAAGACCUGCUUAGAGGAGAUGCAGCUCUCCUAGAUGCUGCAAAGAAAGGUUGUUUGGCCCGAGUAAAAAAGCUCUGUUCACCUGACAAUGUCAACUGUCGGGACACACAAGGACGGCAUUCUACACCGCUACAUUUAGCAGCUGGUUACAAUAAUUUGGAGGUUGCAGAAUACCUGUUGCAGCAUGGAGCAGAUGUGAAUGCGCAGGAUAAAGGAGGCUUGAUUCCUCUGCAUAAUGCAGCAUCUUAUGGGCAUGUUGAUGUAGCAGCUUUACUUAUAAAAUAUAAUGCAUGUGUGAAUGCUACAGACAAAUGGGCUUUCACACCGCUUCAUGAAGCAGCCCAGAAAGGAAGGACUCAGCUCUGUGCCUUGUUACUGGCACAUGGGGCUGAUCCUACUCUGAAAAACCAAGAAGGACAAACACCAUUGGACCUGGUCACUGCAGACGAUGUCAGUGCGCUACUGACUGCAGCAAUGCCUCCUUCUGCCUUACCGACUUGCUACAAACCUCAGGUUAUAAGUGUGUCUCAGACUACAGGUUCUGCAGCUGAUUCCCUCUCUUCUGUUCCAUCCAGUCCAUCCAGUCUGUCUGCUGCAAGUAGUCUUGACAACUUGUCUGGUAGUUUUUCUGAACUUCCCUCUGUUGUUGGUACAAACUGUGCAGAGGGAGCUACUGUUCUGGAGAAAAAAGAAGUUUCAGGUGUAGAUUUUAGCAUUAAUCAGUUUGUGCGGAACCUUGGCCUUGAACAUCUAAUUGACAUAUUUGAGAGAGAACAGAUAACAUUGGACGUAUUGGUUGAAAUGGGACACAAAGAAUUGAAGGAAAUUGGCAUUAAUGCUUAUGGCCAUAGGCAUAAAAUCAUCAAAGGAGUUGAAAGACUUAUUUCUGGACAACAAGGACUGAACCCAUACCUGACUCUAAAUACUUCUGCUAGCGGAACUAUUCUCAUAGACCUUUCCACCGAAGACAAGGAAUUUCAGUCCGUUGAAGAAGAGAUGCAGAGUACUGUCCGAGAGCACAGAGAUGGAGGACAUGCUGGUGGAGUCUUCAAUAGAUACAACAUCUUAAAGAUUCAGAAAGUGUGCAACAAAAAACUCUGGGAAAGAUACACACACAGAAGGAAAGAGGUCUCUGAAGAGAACCAUAACCAUGCCAAUGAAAGGAUGUUGUUUCAUGGCUCCCCGUUUGUGAAUGCAAUCAUUCACAAAGGCUUUGAUGAGAGACAUGCCUAUAUAGGUGGCAUGUUUGGAGCUGGGAUUUAUUUUGCUGAAAAUUCUUCCAAAAGCAAUCAGUAUGUGUAUGGAAUUGGAGGUGGCACUGGAUGUCCAAUCCACAAAGACAGAUCUUGCUAUGUUUGCCACAGGCAGUUGCUCUUCUGUCGUGUAACAUUGGGCAAGUCCUUCCUGCAGUUCAGUGCCAUGAAAAUGGCUCAUUCUCCCCCAGGACAUCACUCAGUGACUGGGCGGCCCAGUGUCAAUGGACUGGCAUUGGCAGAAUAUGUCAUUUACAGAGGAGAGCAGGCUUAUCCAGAAUACUUGAUUACUUACCAGAUUAUGAAACCUGAAGCCACCGCUGAAGCUUAAGACGAGUUACUUGUGGGAAACCAUCAGAGUCUGGAUGUGAAGAUAGCAAUGGCUGCCAUCCCAAAAAUAACAACUUUUUGUUGAAAAACUUCCCAUUCCCAGGUGGUGUGGUAGCAAAUGUGAACAAAAUAUACCAGUUUUGACUUGAUAAAGCUUUAAUAAUGUACAGUAUGUUUUUCUAAAAUUUCAGAAAUGUCCUCUUUUUCAGCACUUUAACAGAUACCAUUCCAGGCAUAAACUGGGGUUUGGCUGUACUAAAUUAUAAACAAAAAUUAACUUGAAACAAUGGUUUUAUACAAUACUGCAUUGAAACCUAGCAGAAAUUGUAAUGGUCUAUACAGGAACUCAUUUUACUAAUAUUGUGUUCUUUAAAACACUGCAUUUACACUGAAAACGUUUUCAUUUGUAAAACUGUAAAUAAGAGCUUUUGUACUAGCCUGGUAUUUAUUUACAUUGCUUUGUAAUAUAAGUGUUUUAGAACUGCAAUCUUGUACAAAAUGUUCUUUCCAGAUGUUGGUUUGUUCAUCUGUGUUUUCUCAUGCGAGAUAGAUUUGAAAAGUCAGUUUUUUUCAGGUUUUAUCACUUAAUUGUGAGGGAGAAAGCAAAUUUUAUCUGAAGAGGUUUAGAAAGAUCCAACUUUAGAUUAAAUCCACAAAUUUUUGUUCUGUAUUUUUAUUUAUGAAAUAUACAUUCCUGAGAAUGAUGGUCAAUGAAAGUAGAAUGUUCCAGAAAAAUACUAAAGUGAUUUUCCACCUACUUCCUAGAGUUGCAUAUUUUAUUUCUGUAAAAUGCCUUUUGAAGUUUUUUAUUUAACUAUAGGUAUAGUUAACCUGUAUCCUCACUUCAAGGCUAGUAGACCUUGCAAGUUACAGUUUUAGUAAAUUAUUUUCUUUGAAUGUAGAUGGAAAAUUAACCUCAAGAAGUUCUUUCUUGAGUUUCUCUUGCUUACAUUUAAGCCAGGAAGUUAAAUAGUUUAUUCCUAAUAUGAGGGCAAACAACUUAGCCUUUUUUGUAUGCUUUUUUUGGUAGAUUAAUCUACCUGUUUGUGCCCUCAGAAUAUGAGCAUUGCAAGGUGGAAAUGUUAAAAGCCAUCCUCUCAUCUCCUGUGUCUCGUCCAUGUUAACAUUCAAGCUGUGGUUGAAGCAGGUGUGUAGGAGUGUGUUUGUCUGCUUUCAGCUGUGUGGAACUGCUGGGGCUGCACCUUCUGCUCACAGCUCAGCCAGCUGGGAGGGGAGGAGCAGCUCAGCCACAGCAGCUGCUGCCUUUGGCAGCCCUGCUGAGGCCCCUUGGACAGGGGAAGAGUGCAGAAGGUACAGCCCCUGCCCAGGUGUCACUGGGGGUUCCUGGUUCCACCCGCUCCGUCAGCGCUGUCAUAGUUCUCGUGUGUAUUCUGCUUUCCUGCCAUCUGCAGUUUUUACCUACAUAUUUCAAAAAUAUGUAAAUACAAAUUAUAAGUUACUUGGGGUUAAAGUGGGUAGGAGUAUAUUUUAGUUGUUUAAUAUUUCUACAUACAGAACACUGUCCCAGAAGACAAUUUGUUUGCAGGGCAUGUUAUCUUACCAUGGUUUUAAAUGUAGUAACUGAUCAAGAUAAUGAAAUCCUCUUGCUGAUGUGGUGGUUAUGUGAUUAUGCUCUAUGUAAAAUGUAUUGAACCUUACCCAGUUAUGUGAGGAAACUGAAUAAGAUUGCAGAAUUCUUGCAGAAGGUAAUAUUGGCUAUGAAUAAAAAAGGCUUUGAUUUUUAGGUACUUUCUCCCAGCAUGUUGCCUGUUCCUUAGGUAUAGUAAUGCUGGAAUUUGUGUUCAUGCAAAAUCUGUUAAUUAUGUUUAAAACUUUUUUGUUAUUGCUAAAAUGCUUCAUUCUGUAUGAAUGAUCACCUGAUGUCUUGUAAAAUAUUGUGGUAUGAUAGCAUUUUAAGUGGUACCACAAUGUUGGUUUUGUCUGUUUGGGGAUUUUUUGAGCUGUUUUUUUGCAUGACAUACCUUGCACUCUGAAGAUGGAAGCUGUAAUGAUUUGAUAAUACUGACUGUUGAGGUGAACCUUUAAUCCCUUGUGCAAUUAGUUCUGCUUUACUCAUCUUGAAGUGUCUUUACAUGUACUGUAUGACAUUCCAUAUCCAUUUAACACUAAAUAAAUUUAAUUCACUGGUUUUCUGGUAGCUUGGGAGUAAUUACAGACGUAGUAUGUUAACCCAUUGUUUUAAAUGUAAGCAUGCACAAUGCUGUAACAAACUGCAUCACUGGAGGCAAAAUUAAUUACAUUGAGUAGAAGAGCUUUUAAUGUG